GGUUGGUGUCGGGAGGAGCAGCGGGCGGAGGUCCCGGGUCAGGAUGUCGGCUCAGGUCCGCCUGAAGCGGCUGGAGGAGCUGCUGCUGGAGCAGAAGGCGGCGGGAUGUUUGAGCGUAGAGGCGCUGCUCGACCUGCUGCUCUGCCUUUACACCGAGUGCAGUACCAGCGGCCCCCUCAAGAGGGAGAAGCACGUCACCGACUUCCUGCAGUGGGUUAAACCGUUCACCACCACUGUGAGGGACAUGCGUCUGCACCGGGACGACUUUGAAAUGUUGAAGGUGAUUGGACGAGGAGCUUUUGGAGAGGUUGCCGUGGUGAAGAUGAAACACACAGAACGUGUUUAUGCCAUGAAGAUUCUCAACAAGUGGGAGAUGUUAAAGAGAGCUGAGACUGCGUGUUUCCGUGAAGAGCGUGACGUCCUGGUCAAAGGAGACAGUCAGUGGAUCACAACUCUUCACUACGCUUUCCAGGACGACAACUAUCUGUACCUGGUCAUGGAUUACUACGUUGGUGGGGACCUGCUGACUCUGCUCAGUAAGUUCGAGGAUCGUCUUCCUGAGGACAUGUCAAAGUUCUACCUGGCUGAGAUGGUUCUCGCCAUCCACUCCAUCCACCAGCAAAACUACAUCCACAGAGAUAUUAAGCCUGACAACGUCCUGCUGGACGUCAACGGUCACAUCCGCCUGGCCGACUUUGGAUCCUGUCUCCGCAUGAUGGAGGACGGCACGGUCCAGUCCUCAGUGGCCGUGGGCACACCAGACUACAUCUCCCCAGAGAUUCUCCAGGCCAUGGAGGACGGGAUGGGUCGUUAUGGACCAGAGUGUGACUGGUGGUCUCUGGGAGUCUGCAUGUAUGAGAUGCUGUAUGGAGAAACGCCGUUCUACGCGGAGUCGCUGGUGGAAACCUACGGCAAGAUCAUGAACCAUGAGGAACGGUUCCAGUUUCCCUCCCAUGUGACUGACGUAUCAGAUGAUGCUAAAGACCUGAUCCAGCGCCUGAUCUGCUCACGAGAACGUCGGCUGGGUCUAAACGGGAUCUCUGACUUCAAAAGCCAUCCCUUCUUCUGCGGGAUCGACUGGGACAACAUCCGGUCCACUGAGGCCCCCUAUAUCCCAGAUGUGUCCUCCCCCACUGACACUUCCAACUUUGAUGUGGAUGACGAUGUUCUCAAGAACCCGGACAUCGGUCCGCCGCCCUCUCACACUGGAUUCACCGGUCAGCAUCUCCCCUUCGUUGGCUUCACCUUCACCACCGACAGCUCCUUCUCUGACCGCCGCUUCACUAACCGGACACAGGAGGACAGGGGCGGGGCCAGCGGUAACCAGGAGGUGGAAGUGUUUGAAAAGAGGAUCCGCCUCCUUGAGGAGGAGAAACAGGAGCUGAGCCGCAGGCUGCAAGAGUGGACUCAGGCUGUGCAGGCUCGAGGAGGAACUUUGAGUCGAGACAAAGAAAUCAAGAAACUCAACGAGGAGAUUGAGCGUCUCAAGAAGAAGUUGGCAGACUCUGAUAGGCUGGAGCACCAGCUGGAGGAGGCGGUCACCCUUAGACAGGACUAUGAAAGCUCCGCCUCCAAACUGAAGACAAUGGAGAGACAGGUGAAGAACCUGAGACAGGAGAAGGACGACGUCCAUAAGCAGCAGCUGUCCGAUGCCCUCGAGCGUCUGCACUCUCAGACGAAGGAGCUGAAGGAGGCGCACUCUCAGAGGAAGGUGGCGCUGCAGGAGUUCUCUGAGCUGUCAGAGAGGACGUCGGAGCUGCGCUCCUCCAAACAGCGACUGUCCCGUCAGCUGCGGGACAAAGAGGACGAGAUGGACGCCGUCCUGCAGAAGAUGGAAGCCACGAGACAGGAGAUCCGCAAGACUGAGAAGAACCGCAAGGAGCUGGAAGCUCAGCUGGACGAUGCCAGGGCGGAGGCGUCGAAGGAGAGGAAGCUGCGGGAGCACAGUGAGUCGUACUCCAAACAGCUGGAGGUGGAGCUAGAGGGCUUGAAGUCUCUGCAGGGACGCGGAGCGGCCACUGGGGGAACGGAGUCUCAGCAGGAGCUGUCCCGUCUGAAGGCGGAGCUCGAUAAGAAGGUCUUGUUCUAUGAGGAGGAGCUGCUGCGGAGAGACUCCGCCCUCUCCUCUGAGAUCAAAAAUCUGCGCAAAGACCUGCACGAGUCCGAGGGAGCACAGCUCGCCGCCAACAAGGAGCUGCUGCAGUUGCAAGACAAGCUGGACAAGGUCAAGAGGGACAGACAGAGUGAGAUGGACGAAGCCGUCGUAGCCCUGAAGGAGAAAUAUGAGAGAGAGAAAAAUCUGCUGACACAAGAAAAUCGCAAGAUGACAGCAGAGACUGACAAGUUGUGUUCAUUUGUGGACAAACUGACGGCUCAGAACCGGCAGCUGGAGGACGAGCUGCAAGAUCUGUCGUCCAAGAAGGAGAGCGUGGCUCACUGGGAGGCUCAGAUCGCCGAGAUCAUCCAGUGGGUGAGCGACGAGAAGGACGCUCGAGGUUAUCUUCAGGCUCUGGCCACGAAGAUGACGGAGGAACUGGAGACGCUGAGGAGCUGCAGCCUGGGAACCAGAGCUCAGCUUGAGUCAGGAGUGGCCACACCUCCUAGGAAGGCCUGGCCUCCUAUUGGUGGUGACAGGAGGGACCCACUGUGGAAGGUGCGGCGCAGUCAGAAGCUGGACAUGUCGGCGCGGCUCGAGCUGCAGUCGGCACUGGAAGCAGAGAUCCGAGCAAAACAGCUGAUUCAGGAGGAGCUACGUAAGGUCAAGGCUGCUCACAUCAACCUGGAGAGUAAGCUGAAGGAGGCAGAGGAGAGGAGCAGGGAGGUGGGGGAGCAGAUGGACAAUCUGAAGAAGGAGGUGGAGGAGAACCGCUCCCGCUCUGACAAAGGUCUGAAACUUCCAGAUUUCCAAGACUCAAUUUUUGAGUAUUUCAACACUUCACCUCUGGCUCCAGAUCUAACAUUCAGAACUACAGACAUAGACUCCACCCCUCAGAGGUCAGAGGUCACGUCUCCAUCAUCUUCUGCUGCCUCUGAACACGAGGUCGUUUCAGUGGCGUCUGUCCCAGUAAGCCCCGCCCCCAUCUACCAGAGCUCAGCUCUGACCACACCAAAGCCUAAAGCCCAUGAGCUGAGCAUUAAGACGUUCUCCAGUCCCACACAGUGCACACACUGCAGCUCACUGAUGGUCGGCCUCAUGCGUCAGGGAUUCGCCUGUGAAGUGUGUUCCUUCAUCUGCCACGUUUCCUGUAAAGACCACGCCCCCCUGGUCUGUCCAAUCCCAGCAGAGCAGGCCAAGCGGCCGCAGGGCGUCGACGUCCAGAGAGGCAUCGGCACCGCCUACAAGGGUUACGUCAGGAUUCCCAAGCCCAGUGGGGUGAAGAAGGGCUGGCAGCGGGCGUUUGCCGUGGUGUCCGACUGUAAACUCUUUCUCUACGAUGUCCCAGAGGGAAAGUCCACUCAGCCCGGGGUGGUGGCCAGUCUGGUCCUGGAUCUCAGAGAUGAGGAGUUCUCCGUCAGCUCUGUCCUGGCAUCAGAUGUGAUCCAUGCCACCAGAAAGGACAUCCCCUGCAUUUUCAGGGUGACUUCCUCGCAGCUGAUCUCGCAGCUCUCCUCUGUGUCCCUGUUGGUCCUGGCGGAGAGCGAGGUGGAGAAGAGGAAGUGGGUGCGGAUCCUGGAGAGUCUGCAGAACAUUGUGACCAAGAACCUCCUGAAGAGCCGACAGGUCCAUGUCCUGCAUGAGGCCUAUGACGCGUCGUUGCCUGUCAUCAAGACCACACUGUCAGCCGCUGUUCUUGAUCGAGAGCGGAUCGCCUUGGGAACAGAAGACGGACUAUUUGUGGUUGAAGUCACCAGAGACGUGAUCGUGCGAGCAGUUGACAGUAAGAAGGUUUAUCAGAUCGAGUUGAUCCCAAAGGAGAAAAUGAUUGCUUUACUCUGUGGUCGGAACCGUCAAGUUCACCUUCACCACUGGGGGGCGUUGGAGGGAACAGAGUCGGCAUUUGACAUCAAACUGACAGAGACCAAAGGUUGCCAGUCUCUGACCGCUGGGGUGCUGCGACCUGGAGGCCCCGCCUGCCUGCUGGCAUCUGUCAAACGGCAGGUCCUGUGUUAUGAGAUCACUCCGGCGAAGCCACACUAUAAGAAGCUGUGGGAGGUGCAGGCUCCAGGAUUGGUGCAGUGGUUGGGUAUGGUGAAGGAGCGGUUGUGUGUCGGGUACCCAUCGGGCUUUGCACUGCUGACCUUGCAGGGGGAGUCGUCCCCCAUCAGCCUGGUAAACCCCGCCGACCCGUCGCUGGCCUUCCUGUCCCAGCAGCCCCUGGACGCCCUUCAUGCUCUUGAGGUUGGAUCAAGUGAAGUGUUGCUCUGCUUCAGCCAACUUGGCAUUUAUGUGGACGGACAGGGACGCCGUUCACGCACCCAGGAACUGAUGUGGCCGGCCACGCCCCUCGCAUGUGGUUCUAACUCCUCCCACCUGACGGUCUACAGUGAAUAUGGAGUCGACGUGUUUGACAUACACACCACUGAGUGGGUUCAGACCAUCUCUCUCCGAAAGAUCAGACCUCUAAACGUUGAAGGGACCUUAAACCUGCUGAGCUCUGAACCACCGCGACUCAUUUAUUUCAGCAACAUGUCUUCAGAGGGCGACCUAACCAUCCCAGAGACAUCGGAUCACAGCAGGAAGUUGAUGGUUCGAACCCGCAGCAAGAGGAAGUUUCUGUUCAAGGUUCCUGAGGAGGAGCGACUUCAGCAGAGAAGGGAGAUGCUCAGAGACCCUGAGCUCAGAUCAAAGAUGAUCUCUAACCCAACAAACUUUAACCACGUCGCACACAUGGGACCAGGUGAUGGGAUGCAGGUGCUCAUGGACCUGCCUCUGGUUGGUGAUGUCACCUCCCUCUCCUCCUCCCCCUCUCCCUCCUCCCGUCACACCCUCAUCUCUCCUCCUUCCAACUUUGAGCACGUCUAUCACAUGACGUUGGUGUCGGCUGGCGCGUUCUUGCAGAAAGAAUCCUCCUCUUCCUCCCAGCUGAGCCUCCUGCAGCCUUCCUCCUCCUCCUCCUCCUCUUCCUCCCUCACACACCAGAGUGUGAUGAUGUCUCAGGACGACUCAGUUAAAGACAAGCCCCGCCCCCUGUCUAGUAUCUCCCGGCAACAGAGAAGCAAGACACAAAUCACACGCACAGCGUCAGAUUUUGGGGGCGGAGCUUCAUCUCGUGGUGUGUGUGAAUUAGAGGACAGAGACGACAGAGAGCCGGACUCUGACUCGACGAAACACUCGACUCCCUCCAAUAGCUCCGCCCCCCCUAGCCCUAACUCCCCCCACCGCAGUCGGCUAACCCUGGACAGCCUGGACUCUGAGUCGUGAGGCCCCACCCCCUGAGUCUGGGACCACGCCCUCCGGUGUCACACUGUAUGAAAUGAUUUUAAAGCUUUUAACUUGCACAUCGUCUUCUUCAUUUUGUAGAAAAAAAAAACCUUUGAUUUAAUGUUGGUGAUAAUAUUUCCUGACCCCACCCCCUCCUAGCCUGGGGGCGGGGACUCACAGUUGAAUGUUUGUAUGGAAACAGAAACAAUAAAAGAAUCUGAAGUGAAA